GGCUUUUAUUUUGGCGAACGUUAUAUCGGUGUCAGAGUUCAUCAUGGCGGCGAUCAGUGUGUUCAGAUCAGGACUGUUUAAUAACAGAGUGGCGAUAAUCACAGGAGGAGCGACAGGUAUCGGGAAAGCGAUUACAGCUGAGCUGCUGCAGCUGGGUUGUCAUGUAGUGAUUGCAUCAAGGAAGUCUGAGCGUUUAGAAGCUGCAGCUGAUGAACUUUCCCAGUUGAUCAGUUCCUCGAGUCCAGCUUCCAUCACAGCUCUGCGCUGUAACAUUCGCCACGAAGACGAGGUGAGGAAUCUGGUGGCGUCAACACUGCGUCUUCAUGGCAGAAUUGAUUAUUUAGUAAACAAUGGAGGAGGACAGUUCAGCAGCCCGGCUGUAAACAUGAGUGUGAAGGGCUGGAACGCUGUGAUCGACACCAACCUGACAGGAACUUUCCUCUGCUGCAGAGAGGUGUACAGUGCAUGGAUGAAGGAUCAUGGUGGUGCAAUUGUUAACAUCAUUGCUGACAUGUGGAGGGGGUUUCCAGGCAUGGCACACACAGGAGCAGCGAGAGCAGCAGUGGAGAAUCUGACGAAGAGUUUGGCCAUUGAGUGGGCGAGCAGCGGCGUGAGGAUCAACUCUGUUGCUCCGGGAACGAUCUUCUCCAAAACAGCAAUGGAGAAUUAUGAAGAACUCGGGCCCAUGAUUUUCCAGAUGGCUGUUCCAUGUAUUCCUGCAAAACGUCUGGGCUUUCCAGAGGAGAUCUCUCCAGCUGUGUGUUUCCUGCUGUCUCCAGCUGCGUCUUUUAUCUCAGGAGCCACAGUGAAGGUGGACGCAGGACAGAGUCUGUAUGACUCGGUGUGGGAGGUCCCAGAUCACACUGCAUGGCCUGAGCCCCCAGAAGGAGAGAAUGUUCGUGCUCUGAGAGAUGUGAUGAAGAAGCUCAAACCUAAACUGUGACAUGGAGUGAAGCUCUCGCGCUCUCUGUCUUUUACACUCUCUCUCUCUCUGUCUCUCUCUGUCUCACACACACACACACACGACUCUGCACCUUCAUUAAUCGGAACACACACCAAGCAGAGAUGAACUUUAUUAAGAGUAAUGAUGUACCUGACUCACACUACAGAGAGAUUGGGAGACGUAUCACUGUUAAAAUAACACACAAACUCUGACGCACAAACACACAGAGUGGAAUGUUGUCCUUAGAUGUGUGUGUGUGUGUGUGUGUGUGUGUGUGUGUGCGUGUGUGUGUGCGUGUCUAUAAGGCGUGACAUGAAUAGAAUUCAUGUCGAACAUUCCAACAGAUCAACACUAAAAUAACACCGUCAUCAUCAUCAUGAUCAUGGUUUUAUAUAAUAAUUAUAUAGUUGUUUUUAGAGAGUCGCUGUCACUCAUUUAUGAAAUUGCUUUAAAAUUAAACAGCAUAAAAACUGAA